AUGGGGACAGAGGGUGAGAUGAUCCCCUUAUGGAGCGAGAGCCAUCUAGGGACGACCCCAGUUGCCUCCCCAGCGCCAAGGCCCGUAGCCACCGCCGCCGAAGCCACCUCCGAAGCCGCCACCAUAGCCGUACGGGUAGCCGCCGAAGCCAAAGCCGGGACGGAAGCCGCCGUAGCCAAAGCCGUAUGGGUAGCCACCGAAGCCGAAGCCGUUGCCAAAGCCGAAACCACCGCCGUAGCCGAAACCACCGCCGUAGCCAAAUCCGCCGCCAUAGCCGAAUCCACCGCCAUAGCCGAAGGGGUAGCCGCCAAAUCCAAAGCCAGGACGGAAGCCGCCGUAAGGGAAGCCGUAAGGGUAGCCGUAGGGAUAGCCGUACGGGAAGCCAUAGGGGAAGCCAUAGGGGUAACCAGGGUAGCCGAAUCCAAAGCCGCCGCCGCCGCCGCCAGCACCACCACCACCACCGCCGCCGCCGCCGCCACCACCACCACCACCACCACCACCACCACCACCGCUACCACCACCGAAACCUCCGCCGUAAGGGUAGCCAGGGUAGCCGGGAUACCCACCGGGGAAACCAGGGUAGCCGGGGCCACCAGGGAAGCCGGGGAAGCCAGGACCACCAGGGAAGCCAGGAUAACCGGGACCGCCGGGGAAGCCAGGAUAGCCGGGGCCGCCAGGGAAACCGGGGAAGCCAGGACCACCAGGGAAGCCGGGGUAGCCGGGGCCGCCAGGGAAUCCAGGAUAGCCGGGACCACCGGGAUGACCGGGCCCGCCAGGGAAGCCAGGGCCGCCAGGGAAUCCGGGGUAGCCGGGACCACCAGGGAAUCCAGGGUAGCCGGGACCUCCGGGGAAUCCGGGAUAACCAGGGCCGCCGGGGAAGCCAGGGUAACCGGGACCGCCAGGGAAUCCGGGAUAGCCAGGGCCGCCGGGGAAGCCAGGGUAACCGGGACCGCCAGGGAAUCCGGGAUAGCCAGGGCCGCCGGGGAAGCCAGGGUAACCGGGACCGCCAGGAUAACCAGGGUAGCCAGGGUAGCCAGGCCCUCCAGGAUAACCGGGAUAGCCACCACCGCCACCACCACCACCACCGCCGCCGCCGCCGUUUCCAUUGGCAGCCCAGACAUUGGCGCGCUCGACGAUGAACUUGGUGGCCGAGUCGAGGUUGUUGUCGGCAUAGCUCAGGUGGACGCCGAGGUCGUCGCCGCUGUCGCAGAACAGGUCGCCGCUGGUGCAGAAGCUGACCAUGCGCUCGGCCAUGGAGCCGCAGUUCUGCUUGGCGUCGCGGCGCGGGAACAUGCCGCCCUUUGUGGCGUUGCCCUGGUUGAAGGGGGCGUCGGCGGAGCGGGAAGGGUCGCCCAUCAUGACCACGGCGGCGAUGUUGCGGGUCAGCUCGGCGGGCAGGGCGGGCAUGCCCUGGGUGGCGAACUGGGCCUCGGAGGCGCCGCAGACCAGGUCGGCGGCGACGUGGGCGCCCUGGCUGUAGCCCAGGAGCACGAUGCGGCUGCUGGGGCAGGCCGCCACGUAGCUGGCCACCAUCUGCGACAUGACCUGGACGCCGACGCCCUGCGACCGCGAGUACUCGGAGAGCGAGGCCGGGUAGUCGACGGCCUCGAUGCUGGAGCCCGGGAUCUGCGCCAUGACGUUGUCGGCGACCUUGCCGAUCAUGCCCAUGCCGGGGCGCUCCUCACCACCGCGAGCAACGAUGAUGUGAACACCUUGGGCGCAGUUGACGUUGACGGGAGGCUGUUGCUGCUGGCCCUGGCCCUGGCCCUGGCCCUGGCCCGGGUUCUGGUUGUUGGGGAACUGGCCGUUGGGGAAUUGGCCAUUGGGAACCUGGCCGUUAGGGAACUGACCGUUGGGAAACUGUCCAUUGGGAAACUGUCCAUUGGGCAUCUGUCCAUUGGGGAACUGAGCGUUGGGAAUCUGGCCAGUGGGGAAUUGACCUGGCAUCUGGGCGUUCGGGAUCUGGCCGUUGGGGAACUGGGCAUCGGGCGAGGCGGCGCCGGGGGCACCGGAAGCCAGAGGGAUCUUGGCAGUGGCCGAGGCGGCGGGGACGGCCGCCGGCAGGGGCAUGUUGGCACCGGCCGAAGGACCCGGAGCGGUGGCUGCCACAUGGGCGCUGAUGGUGGCAGGCAGAGCCAGCAGCAGAGCCGCAAGGGCGCCGGGGAGGGAUCCGGCAACGACGGCCAAGGUCGGACAGAGCUGGAGUGGUGUAAGUGCCUCGCACAUAGCUCUGACGCGGAAAGGUGGAGUGAUGAGGAGCUCAACCUGGAGUAUGCAGAUGGCACGAACAGCAUCAACGGCCGUAACCGGCUCUGCAGGAUGGCAUCUGGAGAGUACAAGACAAGCCGUGCCUGGACUUUUGCAGCUGAGGUGCCCAGCCCAAGCAGCAUGGUAAUGAGCCGACACCUGCAUUGA